CAUUCCUCUACAAAAGCAUCCUCAUAUCACACCAUCUUCUUCAGAGGUGACCGUUUGGUAAGGUGGGAAACUAACUUGAAGAAAAAGAAAAAAGACUACGUCCAGAAACAAGAGUAAACUACAACAAAAGAAUGGGUUCAUCAGGUGUACAGAUCGUGUGCAUGGCACUGGGAAUUUUAGGUCUCAUUGCAGCGGUCGUGACCAUUGCUGUUCCAAGAUGGAAGGUUUCUGCUUUUAUUGGUCAGAACAUUAUCACUGCACAGGUUCAAGAAGAGGGCUUGUGGAUGGAGUGCGUGGUUCAGAGCACCGGACAGCAGCAGUGUAAAGCCUACGACUCACUGCUCAUCCUGAGCUCUGACAUUCAGGCGGCCCGUGCCAUGACUAUCAUCAGCUGUAUGCUCACUGUCCUGUCCCUGCUCAUUCUGUGCGCCGGCGCCGACUUCACCACCUGCAUCGAAAACGAAGAAGUCAAACCCAAAGUGAGCCUGGUGUCCGCUAUUGGGCUGAUCCUCGCCGGCUUGUUGCUGAUCAUCCCCGUCAGCUGGGCUGCUAAUAAUAUCGUGCGCGAUUUCAACAACCCACUGAUACCCCAGUCUAACAAGAGAGAGCUGGGUGCCUGUAUCUUUGUGGGCUGGGGAGGGGGAGUCCUGCUCCUGCUGGCCGGAGGCUUGCUGUGCUGCUUCAGCAGACCCCGCUCCGGAGGAUCCAGCGGAACCGCCAAAUACUACAGCAACAGCGCCUCUGCACCAAGCAAGAAUUACGUGUAGAUAAAAUGGGUUAAACUACGGAGUAAUCACAGAAAUUGAAGCGGUAGUAUGUGAAUAUAUGUCUAUGUUAGCAAGUAGUCUUUAUAGUCGGUAGGUCUUUAAGCUUUUUAAUUAGUUUUACGUAGUUUAAGGUGUACUGAUGCAAUUUCUUAAUUAAAGCGGCUAUAAUAAACAAUGCACUUGUUUAUUCAGAUUCAGGGAUGGGCCGAGCUUGUGUCCGAUAUACUUUCAAGUCAUUUGUAUUUUUUAAAGAACUUUUUAGGAUACAGUAAUCUAUACUAAUCUGUACAAUUGCGAUAUGUUUUGUGUGUGUGUGUGUGUGUGUGUGUGUGUGUGUGUGUGUGUGUGUGUGUGUGUGUGUAUUAGGUCAUAAUCAUUUCUAUUGCCUUUUAUUUUCAACAAAACUGAUUUCAGACAAUUGUGUGUGUAGAAUGAACAAUGAGUUUUUGACACAUAAAUAAAUCUUUGCUAAAAUUA